AUGGCUACUGAUGAGAAGAGCAAGAUUUUGAUAUUUGGCGCUACUGGUUAUCUUGGUAAAUACAUGGUGACAGCAAGUGUUUCAAUGGGACAUCCAACUUAUGCGUACAUUCGUCCUAUUAAACCCGAUGCCGAUUCUUCCAAGCUUGAGCUGUUUAAAUCUUUUGAAUCCAUGGGAGUCACUGUUAUCCAGGGAGAACUUGAUGAGCACGAGAAACUCGUCACUGUGCUGAAACAAGUAGAUGUAGUGAUAUCAACUCUUGCAGUCCCUCAACAUCUUGAACAAUUCAAGAUUAUUAAGGCUAUGAAAGAGGCUGGAAAUAUUAAGAGGUUUGUUCCAUCAGAAUUUGGGAAUGAUGUAGAUAGGGUAAGUGGACUACCACCAUUCCAAGCACUGCUGGACAACAAGAAGAAAGUAAGACGGGCUACUGAGGAAGCUGGAAUACCAUUUACCUAUGUAUCUGCCAACUCAUUUGCAGCAUAUUUUGUUGAUUACUUGCUUCAUCCCCACGAUAAAUCCGACCAAGUUACUCUCUACGGCACUGGGGAAGCGAAAGCGGUGUUGAACUUUGAAGAGGAUGUUGCAGCCUACACGGUGAAAGCAGCAACAGAUCCGAGGGUGGAAAAUCGAGUGAUUAUAUACAGACCUCCUAAAAACAUCGUUUCACAGUUAAAUUUGGUUUCUUCUUGGGAGAAAAAAACCGGACGUACUAUGAAAUGUAUUCAUGUUCCAGAGGAAGAAAUUGUCAAACUCUCAGAAAGCUUACCAUUCCCAGAUAAUAUACCAGUAUCAAUCCUUCAUAAUAUAUUCAUAGCUGGGGCUCAAAUGAGUUUUGAACUGACAGAAAAGGAUUUGGAGGCCAGCAAAUUGUACCCUGAUUAUAAAUACACUUCCAUUGAUGACCUCCUCAACAUCUGUCUUGUUAAUCCACCGAAGCCUAAAUUGGCAGCUUUUGCUUAA